GCGUCCCGACACAUUGAUUAUAUUGUCGUGAGUGGCAGACUCGCGCGCGCUCUCCAACGUUCGUCCGUUCGUUCGUUGGUUGGUUGGUUGGCUGGCUGGCUGUGUGUCUAUCUUUAGUGGACACGAAGAAGACAUGCACCAAACGAUACCGAUCGGCCACCGACGUCGGACCCAGAAGGAAGUCACCGUCACGCCGGAAACGCGAUCUUUUACCCAUUAAACGGUGGUUCUCUUUGUGCUGCGCGGCAAAUUCAAACGGCGGAAAAAAAGAAUAACAAUAGAAGAAGAAAACAACCACAACACUUAAGAUAAACCCGAUGCGCGGCGAAAGAGAGUCGUCGGCUUACCAUCGAAUCGAAAAGGCAGAAGCGAGGCCCGUGCGUGCACGCUGAAGAACCUGUAUGAAGAUGAUGAAGAUGGUCUUGAUGUCAUGGUAUGAGCGCUCUUGAAGGACCCGAGUACUCGCAGCGAAAAUGGGGAACUCCUGCAGCAGCGGACAGGGACACAAGGAUAAGGACAACAUGUCCCAAAGGUCCGAAGAAUCUGGUAGCUACCAGAUUCGAGCCAGCCUACCUUCCGAUAAACAGCAGGUCCUUAUGAACCAUGUUACCCAUACGGGGGGCGUCCUUCUGGAGCCCUCGACUGCCGGUCAACAGGCGAUACAGCAAGUUUCCAAUGCCACGACACCGUCCACUGGUAACGAGAAGAAGGUACCGUCGAAGAUACUCCGAGGAAUAGCUGCACCUAGUGUUUCAGAUUCUCUUUCUCUGAGCUCUCCGCCAGGCAUCGUCAGCCCGAGGGAUCUGAUUAUCGACGGCAAUGUUCCUCCGGAGUUGGCCAGUCUUUCCGAGCAAUUGCAAAACUUGCUGAUGGGAAAAGUGAGCUUCGCCAAGACCGCUUCGAAAACUAGAAAAAUUGUGAUUUACGUGUGCGCUGCCGAUUCGCAAGACUGUUGCGUGGAAAAGGGAGCACUCCACAACGCGUUAUAUCCUGAAUUGCGUGCGCGCUGUCGAUUGAAAGGAUACGAACUGCAUAUCGUUGAUCUUCACUGGAAAACGCUUUUGGAGAAACAGCAGGAUCACGAGUUUCCAGAGCUGUGCAUCGGCGAAUUGACACGUCAAAUGGAGGUGGCUUACGUGAUUCCCGUUCUAUUCCUGAACAACUCGCUGGGAACGCCCCUGUUGCCGAUAUCCAUAGAAUGUUCAGACUUCCAGAUGGCGAUGAACAGCGUCGAGGAUCAAUCGGCUCAAAGUCUAUUGUCCAAGUGGUAUAAACUUGAUGAAGCGGCGCAACCGCCCUGCUACAGGCUUCAGUCCACUUCCUCCCAUAUUCCCGGCUUCAAAGAGACUUCAACUGAAGAUCGAGAGAAGGCACUCGAAGAGUGGCAGAGUGAAAUCGAAAGAAUGCUGGUCGUUCUUAUAAAUGUGUUCAGCCAGGAGCUCAGAGAUACUUACCUGACGACGGUCGUCGAGCAGGAAGUGCAUAAUACGGUAUUCAUGAGCCAGGAAUUGGCGAAGCGCUGCAUCUGGAUCAACAGGGUGUAUACGCCGGGCGAAAAGACCACCAACGAACCUCCGAGUCCGGGCGAAUCGGAGCAUUUCCGACGUCUCAAUAUUCUGCAAAGGGAUUUACGGAAUCAGUUGGCUGAGAAGCACAUUGUCAGAUUACCCGUAAAGUACGUCGAUGGUGGCCUGAACAUGGAAAUACCUGAGCACGCUCAGUACAUAUCACAGGUGCUCGGACAUAUGAAUAAGCACCUAACCGAAAUGAUAGAUGCCAUCAUCGACGAACACCAAAGUAAAAAUAUCCUGAAGCCGAGCUACGGCAUCGAUACGAGCAUCUUCGAGGAACUCAAUCAACAGACCACGUUCUGCCAGAAAGCCGCCCAGUGCAGUGUCAAUCGCGAAAAAACUAUUUCUGAUAUUAAAAAUUAUAUUUUAACUGAAAACCAUUCCCCGUUGGUGAUCUAUGGGCCCGGAGGCUGCGGAAAAACAACGCUCCUCGCGAGGAUCGCUCAGUGCACUAGCCAAUGGUUACCGGAAUCGUUCUUGGUCCUGAGGUUUGUUGGCAUCAGCGCACAAUCCAGCACAAUAGAGCAACUACUCAGUUCAAUAACACACCAAUGCUCCAUCUUGACCUACGGACACAAAUCGUCGGUGGCGCACACAAUAGACAAUUACAAGAAUGCGUUACCCAACUUGCUGAUGGCGAGCUGCAUGCAACGUCCGCUGAUCGUCGUGUUGGAUGGAAUCGAACAAGUGAAGAUGUACAGUUCGAAGGUGAUCGAUUGGUUACCGCUCCAGUUGCCGGAUAACAUUAAGUUAAUCAUCUCCGUAUCAGAGAACAGCGACAUUUAUAAGGAUAUGGUCAAAGUGAUACCAGAGGAGAGUUUCAUCAGAAUGCCCGUCUUGGGAGAACUGGAGGCGAAGGGCAUCCUGAUGUCGAGCGUCAUGCAGUACAAUCAUAGCGUCAACUCGAAAAUACAAGAUUGCGUUUUGAAAUCGGUGCAGGAAUGCACGCUCCCCUUGUACACAAAAGUGUUGGCUUGGCAAACGUCUUGGUGGGCGGACAAGGAGAACGUCAUCGUGCCGAAAGGCCAAGUGGACGAUCAACUUACACUGAUGUUGGAGGAAUUGGAAACGAUUUUAGGGCAAAAUCAAGUGGAACACGCUCUCGCCAUCAUGACUUCGACGAAGCACGGCAUCACCGAUUCGGAAAUGUUAGAUUUGCUAGCGCACGAUGAGAUAUUCCAAAACAAUACAACUUAUGUAUCUUGGGCACCGGCCUGUCUCGCCUGGUCUCGCCUCAACAAACAUCUCGCGCCCUUCCUCCAAUGGACAUUGACGGGUACAGUCUUGGGUGUGCAGUGGCGCGACAACAUGCUUCUGCAGGCUGUAAAGAAACGCUACAAAUCGUACUCGAAUUGGGCCCACGAGAUGCUUUUCAAUUAUUACAAUGGUAAAUGGUGGAGCGAACAACCACAAGCCAAUCUAUCUGCCAGAUUAAUUAGUCAAGAUACGCUUCUAGGAACUUGCUACAAUCGUAGAAAACUGGAUGAACUUCCAUACCAUUACUACUAUUUGCACGGAAGCGAAAAACUGUCCAGUUCGGAUUACUUGAACGACCUGAACUGGAUAUACGAUAAAGUGUGUGGCUCCAAUUGUUUCCAGCUGCUGGAGGACAUUCAUCUGUGCAAGCAGGAAGGGAUUUCUCUAAACGAAUCCGUCGCCGUACUGCAAAGUUUCCUCGAGACAUACGUAAACGUUUUGAACUACGAUGGACGGCAAUUUUACUCGCAAUUCUACAGUUUCCUAUCAAUGCUGCAACCGAAAGGCGAAGACAUCUGUUCCGAUAUAUUCUCUAUAUGCAAAGAUCCUCCGAUACCUUCGUUGAUUCCAAAUUAUUGCUUGGACAUUGCCGUCGAAGAUGAGCACGCCACCAAACGCAGAAAAGCUUACGACCUGAUAGUCAGAUUACCGGAGACGCACCAAUUCGUCGCCUGUAUUUCAACCGAAGACGAACAAAUUAGCGUCUGGAAUGCGGCAAGGUGGGAAAGAGUGAGACUUCUGAAAGGUAUACCUCAUCCGACAAAUCUGGUACCGAUAAACCAGCACAAAUGCAUAGUGCUAUGUCAACGGGAGUUGCGCAUCUACGAUCUCAACACGGGCACCUUCCUCACCAAACUGAAAGGUGUCAUGAACCAAAAGAUGCCGUAUUACGGCCUCCACGAUGCUUCACAUCUUGUCGCGCUCAGCAGGAAUCGGAUGUACGUCAAUUUGAUGAAUCUGGAAACGGGUGAUUGCGUUACGACUUUCAAAGCUGGAGAAGAUCGCUUCCUUAAUUCUCUGCUCGUUUCUGGGGAUGGAAGAGUGUUGGUGUGCGGCGAUGAAACGCAGAAACCGUUCCCAUUGCUCGUUUGGAACCUGCAGUCGAGGAAAUUACUUUACGAUCUUCGAAUACCUCAUCACGAUUUUAUCACAUCCCUAUCUGCCAUUACUUACGAAGGUAAUUACGUUUGCUGUGUCUGUCACGAGAUCGACGAGCCGAAUCCGAAUUUCAUUGUCGUCUACGAUUUACAAAGUGGGACAUUAUUCAAAAAGUGGAAACCGUCCUGCGAUACUGUUUCACUCGAAAUUAGCUCUCAAGGUGGUUGUGUUAUCUCUGGUUUGGAGGAUGCCCGAAUCUUAGUUUGGGACUUGAUUACAGGGAAUUGCCGAUGGACAUUGGAGGGACACACUGCGCCGGUGAAUUAUUUACGUUUAGAACCACGCGGUGUUCUCUUCCUAUCAACCGACAUUCAAGGAAGAGACAAAUCGAUCAGAGUGUGGGAUUUGAACAAAGGUAACUUGGUCGCUGUGUACACUACAAGUCUCAAUAUAACUACAUGCGAUAUGAGUUUACAAGGCCAGACUAUAAUACUAUCGAUGGAGGGAUGCGAGGAACUGGUGUUUCUAAAAUUACGUGGCCCAGGCGUAGAGGAAACAAUAGAGGAACUAGAAGUACCUUACGGCGACCCGGAGAUUGAUUUCGCCGAGUUCGAUCUAAGCGAAAGCGGCGCUUGCUGACCACCUACCACGCAGCAAUCCACGAUCUUUUCAAAUCUCAACAAAGAAUGAAACAGACAAAAAAAUAAGAGAAGAAGAAGGGGAAGAAACAAUGGAAUUUGCGUUUUUACUGGUUUGUGAACGAGUACCUUUUUCGGAUGGGCCUUUGCGCUGGUUGUAAUCCUCCCAGCCAUCUUGAUCUCUUUUCCUCGCCAAAACAAAAAAGAAAGAAAGAAGCGAAACAUCGUCCUCUGGCAACUUCUCAUUCAAUGUGUACUACUCUAUUCGAGGAAGGGAAAUGUGUGUAGCAUAUUCUAGGGAUAACCCUUCCAUCGAUCUCUUCCAAACCUAGACACACGUUACUAUAUACUUUACUAUAUGUUUCGUUUUCUUGGUAAUUCAAUGUUGGAUCUGGGUCUGGAUCUAGAUCGUGAAUUACCAAACUCAACAACGAUUCAGCUUUCAAUCACAUACAACGGACCAAAUCAGUUGACUCUUUAACGAACGGAUUGUUUUAAAUUUUCUUUUCUCUUUUUGUUCCGUUUUAGCCUCAGAAUUUUCACGUCAUUAUUCUAUUACUGUUAUUAUUGUUAUUUUAAUUUUAUUUGCUUUUUUUUGUUUGUCAUCGCAAAUCAGUAAAUACACUCGUAAGAAGAAAAAAAAACAUAAGGAAUGUAACGUUUACGGAUAGGAUAAAUAUAAUUAAGUCUUAUUGUUAUGAGAAGAAUUCCCAUCUGGUAUGUGGAACAAUACUUAAAGAAUACUAUAUUUAUAUGUUGUGAUUCUUGAUCAAUGUACCAAAAAAAAAAAA